AUGCAGAACGAGAGUUCAGAAGAGGCUCCGCCCCUUCUUCCUCCAAAAGUGCCACCCAGAACACAUCCGAUUCACGUACGAAAUCUAUUGAAACUACAGUAUAUCGAGCAGUCACUAUCACCAAAUAUGGAACCACAUGCUGAUGACGUUGCAUCGUGUCAUAGUAGAAAAGCGUCUUCUGUUGGAUUCGUUGAGAUUGACGAUUUGAUGAAAUUCCAGGAAGAAUACAAAACCCGCUCCUCCACUGGAUUCUAUUCCUCACUUCGCAAUAUUUUUUCUACUGGAAACACAGCAUCUGCCACCACGUCUUCUUCCAUCCCAGAAUCCCAUAUCAAUCCCAUGUUUCCUGUCCACAAAUGCUCAUUUUCAAGAAGUUUCACAGUUCUACCGUAUCCUCCAAAGAAGAAGCGAAAAAGUCAUUUGAGAAGAGUUUUCUCCUGUUUCUCCAUAUUCAAGCAUCAUUAG